UCCAGCGCCGCGGACAUUCGUCGUCGGAAGAAUCGCGAGUGGAUGCGAAAGGCGAGGCAAAAGCAGCGCGAAGAACUGGAGAACAUGAAAAUCACAGUGGCAAGACUCGAGAAGCAGUACGCGAAGCUCAGUCUCCAGUCGUCUACCCCUCCUACUGAAGGUGCUCUCGUGUCUCGAAUGGCAUCGAAUUAUUCAGAAGCUGUGGAGUUAACGCGGCGACUCGGAGCUGAGAAUUUGUACCUGAAAGCUGAGAUCCAGCAGCAAGCGACGUGGAGACGCAAUUUGUCGUGCAUUUUGCACUCUGCUCCCCACAUGAACGGUCCGAAAUGGGCCCAGCACUUCCAGCAGCCAGCGCUUGGUGGGGAAGAGGUGUUAAAGAUGCAAUUGGACACUUUGGAUGAGUUUAACGCCCAGGAGGAGUUUGGAUUCCACCCUCUGACCGAUCUGGAGCUCACCCGCGUGAUUUUAGAGAACCGCCGUACCAUUUCUCGAGUCCACAGUCGACUGUUGAUCCCUUCGUCGUCUGACACUGACUCUGGUGCUAAAACGAGAAGGAUGCAAUCUUUUGGCUGGGACAUGGUACAGCGCGUGCAUGGCAACAUCAUGGAGUGCGUCUUUACGAAAAAGUUUCGAGGAUUAAAUGUUGCCGCGUUGAUGCAAAAGACGUGGGCGAACGACAUGCGACUUGGCGAGUACAAGAAGGUUAAGGGGGAAACUUGCCGCCUCGAGGUACUGCAACAAGUGAACCCGAACGCCUACGUCCUCGGUCGCGACGUGACGUCCCCCACGCAAGACAUUGCCACCUUCCGGUCCGUGUACGUCCGGUUCCUCAUCGAAACGAGUCGGAAACUCGCGGCGGCGGUUAGCGAGUCCUCGGCAACUGCAACUCCGAGUUGCAUCGAUGCAAGUGCCCCCUCCACGCCUCCGCGUUGCGACUCGGAUAGCGAUGAAGUCAUGUUGCAAGCGUCCGGGUUUGUGCUCGGAUCGCAAAGUAUAGACACGGAUUACUCGCAACAACCGAGGGAUGAAGACGUGCGGGAAAGAGUGGCGUGGGCUCACAUAUCGCUGUCAAUUGAGUUUUUAAACGUGGUGAACCCCGUCACUCGAGAAGAGUAUCAGCAGCUGCGGUGGAGCGGGCGGACAGACUACUGCGGACCGGAGCACGCGCAGCGUAACGCGAGUGACAUGAUGCAAGGACUGCUACGAUGGGAGUUGCUGGUCAUAUCACCGGCGCUGAACUUGAUAUCGCUGUCG